AUGGCCAACCAAGCAGCAGUCCUCACUCAAUCCCACGGUCCCCUAACCAUCCAGGGCCUCCCUAUCCCAAAAUGUCAACCCACAGAAGUGCUAGUGAGAGUGAAGGCAGCCGCCACCAACGCUGCAGACUGGAAGAUAUACUCAGGCCACUUCCCCCAGGAUCUCCCCCUAAUCCCAGGCUGUGACAUCGUCGGAGAAAUCACCGAAGUAGGCUCAAGCGUAGCCGGCUUCAGCAUCGGCGACAGAGUAGCAGGCUACACGCAGCAACAACUCACCGGAAUGCAAUCCAUGAUCACUACAGGCCGAGUCGCCUCCGACCUCCGCCACGGCGGCUACCAGACGUACGUCCCCAUGCUCCCGCGCAUGAUCUUCAAAGUCCCGAGCUCCAUCCCCGAUGAAAUUGCCGUCGCCUUCGGUUGCUCCUUCUUCACUGCCGCUACUGCCGUCUUCAAAUCCCUCGGCUUUCCCUACCCCUUUCCGGAGAAGGCUCCCGCCGAACCCCAGAAGGUCCUUGUCUGGGGCGGCGCCAGUGCUGUUGGCGCUUUUGCGAUCCAGCUGCUCAGGGCGUCACAUGUUGAUGUCACGACUGUUUGUUCCGCGAGGAACUUUGACUAUGUUAGGAGUCUGGGAGCGAGCCAUGUUAUUGACUAUGGAGCCGGGGAUGUGGUCGCGCAGGUGAAGGCGCAGGGUCUGAGGUUUGGAAUUGUGUUUGAUGCGAUCUCGUCGCAGGAGACGUGUACUGCUUGCUUGGAUAUUGCUGGGGAGGGAGGCAAGGUGGCGAACGUGCAGUUUUUGGAGGCUCUGAGACGGCCUAAUAUUGACUUGGUGCAUACGAACGUUGUUGAUAUCUUGGGCGAGUCGGAUGCGGACUUCCUUUCCUCCUUGGUUGGGACUUGGACACCGAAGGCCUUGAGCGAAGGGGCUUUGAAGGGUGUCCGGUACACGAAAUACUCUGGAGGCUUGAGCGAUGUUGAUCGUGCAAUUCGGGAUCAUCGUGAUGGCAAGAUUGCUGGAAAAGGUGUUAUUUGCGGUAUCUAA